CUGUCCGAUCGCUCUCGUUGCAUAUCAGAGGCUCGGCGCGGCGCGCUCCUCCUCGCUCCCGCUCCCCACUCCCGGGAUGUGUCUCCGCCGUACGACGGGCUAUGGCCACCACGACUUCCGGGUUCCGUCAUUUCGUUCUCCCGCCGCCGACCCGCGCCGCCAAACUGAGGCUCUUCAAUAAGCCAGGCAGCAGCCAACCUGCCAACACCUACUGACACUCACUCAUCUCCCAGAGAGAGAAAGAGAGCGAGAGAGAGCGAGCGCGAGAGAGCGAGCGCGAGUGAGAGCGAGCGAGCGAGCGAGAAAGAGAGAGAGGGAGAGACAAAAUACCUACCAGGAAAGGGGGGGAGGAAGUCCAAUUUUUGCAAACUAUUCAUUUUUUUUCUCGAUUUUUCUCACUGCUUUCUUUGAACAAUACUUUAAAGAGAGAGGAUCGUAUUAUAGAUACCGCGGGGGCAAAGCUAAAAAAGGGGGGAGGGGGGAGGAAAAAAUUCAAGAAGCAGAAACCCCUCGCGGAGUUUUACUGGAAGAAAAAAACGGGUCUGAAAGAUUCCUCCUCUUCAUCAUCAUCAACCAUCAUUCAUUCACUACCUUGACAUUCCGGGCUUUGAUUGACAGCUGGAGUGGCAAAAAGCCAUGAAACACGACAGUUCGGUUACAUGUGGGCUGCUGACGGGCCGCUCGUAACCUUCAGUUCGGGGGCUUGACAAUUUUUUUCUUCUUUUUCUUCUUUUUCUUUUCUUUCUUUUUUUUUUUUUUCCAACUGAGGGGAAGAGAAGAGAAAGAGGGAGAAAGGAGGACCGAAGAGGAGGAGGAGGGGAGGGGGGAGGAGGAGGAGGUGGAGGAGGAGGAGGAAGAUCAGGAGGAGGAGGAAGAAGAGGAAAAAAGAGAAAAAGAAGAAAUAUCACAGAAAAAAAAAAAACUCUUCGUUGUCUAGACUGGGCUUUUUUUCCCCCCUAAAAAAUAACAUAUUGGAGAAUUGGGAGAAGUCUCUUUGGUUUGGAAAAAAAAAAGGAAUCUUCAGCCUAGAUCACUUUCUUAUCCGGACUGGGAUAUUAAAUAUACGACACAUCCAGGAGUUUAUUGGAGCGCAGACUGAUGGCGCAAAGGUACGAUGAGCUGCCCCAUUACGGCGGGAUGGACGGAGUAGGGGUUCCCGCUUCCAUGUACGGAGACCCUCACGCGCCGCGGCCGAUCCCCCCGGUUCACCACCUGAACCACGGGCCGCCGCUCCACGCCACACAGCACUACGGCGCGCACGCCCCGCACCCCAAUGUCAUGCCGGCCAGUAUGGGAUCCGCUGUCAACGACGCCUUGAAGCGGGACAAGGACGCGAUCUAUGGGCACCCGUUGUUUCCUCUGUUAGCUCUGGUCUUUGAGAAGUGCGAGCUGGCGACCUGCACUCCCCGGGAACCUGGAGUGGCUGGCGGAGACGUCUGCUCCUCCGACUCCUUCAACGAGGACAUCGCGGUCUUCGCCAAGCAGGUUCGCGCCGAAAAGCCACUUUUUUCCUCAAAUCCAGAGCUGGACAAUUUGAUGAUACAAGCAAUACAAGUACUAAGGUUUCAUCUUUUGGAGUUAGAAAAGGUCCACGAACUGUGCGAUAACUUCUGCCACCGAUACAUUAGCUGUUUGAAGGGGAAAAUGCCCAUCGACCUCGUCAUUGAUGAAAGAGACGGCAGCUCCAAGUCAGAUCAUGAAGAACUUUCAGGCUCCUCCACAAAUCUCGCUGACCAUAACCCUUCUUCUUGGCGAGACCACGAUGAUGCAACCUCAACCCACUCAGCAGGCACCCCAGGGCCCUCCAGUGGGGGCCACGCUUCCCAGAGCGGAGACAACAGCAGCGAGCAAGGGGAUGGUUUAGACAACAGUGUAGCUUCACCUGGUACAGGUGACGAUGAUGAUCCGGAUAAGGACAAAAAACGCCAGAAGAAAAGAGGCAUUUUCCCCAAAGUAGCAACAAAUAUCAUGAGAGCAUGGCUCUUCCAGCAUCUCACACAUCCGUACCCUUCCGAAGAGCAGAAGAAACAGUUAGCGCAAGACACAGGACUUACAAUUCUCCAAGUAAACAACUGGUUUAUUAAUGCCAGAAGAAGAAUAGUCCAGCCCAUGAUUGACCAAUCAAAUCGAGCAGGUUUUCUUCUUGAUCCUUCAGUGAGCCAAGGAGCAGCAUAUAGUCCAGAGGGUCAGCCCAUGGGGAGCUUUGUGUUGGAUGGUCAGCAACACAUGGGGAUCCGGCCUGCAGGUUUGCAGAGCAUGCCAGGGGACUACGUUUCUCAGGGUGGUCCUAUGGGAAUGAGUAUGGCACAGCCAAGUUACACUCCUCCCCAGAUGACCCCACACCCUACCCAAUUAAGACAUGGACCCCCAAUGCAUUCAUAUUUGCCAAGCCAUCCCCACCACCCAGCCAUGAUGAUGCACGGAGGACCCCCUACCCACCCUGGAAUGACUAUGUCAGCACAGAGCCCCACAAUGUUAAAUUCUGUAGAUCCCAAUGUUGGCGGACAGGUUAUGGACAUUCAUGCCCAAUAGUAUAAGGGAACUCAAGGGAAAAGGAAACACACGCAAAAACUAUUUUAAGACUUUCUGAACUUUGACCAGAUGUUGACACUUAAUAUGAAAUUCCAGACAGCUGUGAUUAUUUUUUACUUUUGUCAUUUUUCAUCAAGCAACAGAGGACCAAUGCAACAAGAACACAAAUGUGAAAUCAUGGGCUGACUGACAAUUCUGUCCAUGUAAAGAUCCUCUGGAAAAAGACUCCGAGAGUUAUAACUACUGUAGUAUAAACAUAGGAACUAAGUUAAACUUGUACAUUUCUGUUGAUCACGCCGUUAUGUUGCCUCAAAUAGUUUUAGAAGAGAAAAAAAAUAUAUCCUUGUUUUCCACACUAUGUGUGUUGUUCCCAAAAGAAUGACUGUUUUGGUUCAUCAGUGAAUUCACUAUCCAGGAGAGACUGUGGUAUAUAUUUUAAACCUUUUGGGCCAAUGAGAAAAGAACCACACUGGAGGUCAUGAUGAACGUUUGGCUGAACCUCAUCACUCGAACUCCAGCCUCAAGAAUGUGUUUUCAUGCCCGGCCUUUGUUCCUCCAUAAAUGUGUCCUUUAGUUUGAAACAGAUCUUUAUAGUUCGUGCUUCAUAAGCCAAUUCUUAUUAUUAUUUUGGGGGGACUCUUCUUCAAAGAGCUUGCCAAUGAAGAUUUAAAGACAGAGCAGGAGCUUCUUCUGGGAGUUCUGAGCCUUGGUUGUGGACAAAACAAUCUUAAGUUGGGCAGCUUUCCUCAACACAAAAAAAGUUAUUAGUGGUCAUUGAACCAUAACUAGGACUUUAUCAGAAACUCAAAGCUUGGGGGAUAAAAAGGAGCAAGAGAAUACUGUAACAAACUUCGUACAGAGUUCGGUCUAUUAAUUGUUUCAUGUUAGAUAUUCUAUGUGUUUACCUCAAUUGAAAAAAAAAAGAAUGUUUUUGCUAGUAUCAGAUCUGCUGUGGAAUUGGUAUUGUAUGUCCAUGAAUUCUUCUUUUCUCAGCACGUGUUCCUCACUAGAAGAAAAUGCUGUUACCUUUAAGCUUUGUCAAAUUUACAUUAAAAUACUUGUAUGAGGACUGUGACGUUAUGUUAAAAAAAAAAAGGUGUUAAGUCACAAAAUGCGGUAAUAAAUAUUUCAUUUUUGAUUUUU